UUGAACCCUGAUGAGCCAAAGAAAAGAGAAGCUGGACCGCACAGCAACGCAACGCACCGCACCAUCCUCGCAGCCGACGAGACACCACCGUGCUCCAAAGGACCUCCUCUCUCUCGCUCUCGCCACCGCCAUCGCAUAUUAAAGCCCAACCAAGCCUUCACUAAUCAAGAAAGCAAAAACCAAAACUUCCUCUCUCUCUCUCUCUCUCUCUCUCUCGUCGAUGUUCCCUAUUUUAAUCCAAAUCAGUUGAAAAAACAAAAAAAGAAUAAAACGCAACGCCAACAAGGUUUGGAUCUCAGAUAGAUCCCAAUAAGAUUCCAUUGCAAUGGAGCUAGCACAACUAGAGGCAUUGUGUGAGAGGCUGUACAAUUCUCAGGACUCAGUAGAACGAGCUCAUGCAGAGAGCACUUUGAAAUGCUUUUCAGUGAACACUGAUUAUAUUUCCCAAUGCCAAUACAUUCUUGACCAUGCAUUGACACCUUAUGCAUUGAUGCUCGCUAGUUCAAGUUUGCUGAAGCAAGUCACUGAGCAUAGCCUCGCUCUACAGCUCCGUCUUGAUAUCCGAAACUACCUUAUUAACUAUCUGGCCACCAGAGGACCUGAAUUGCAGACUUUUGUAACUGCAUCAUUAAUUCAACUCUUGUGUCGAGUUACAAAGUUUGGGUGGUUUGAUGAUGAUCGGUUCCGGGAUGUGGUUAAAGAGUCGAUGAACUUCUUGAGCCAGUCGACAUCAGAUCACUAUGCUAUUGGUUUGAAGAUAUUAAAUCAACUUGUAUCUGAGAUGAAUCAGCCAAAUCCUGGUUUGCCUUCAACACAUCAUCGAAGGGUAGCAUGCAACUUUAGGGAUCAAUCGCUGUAUCAAAUAUUCCAAAUAUCAUUAACAUCAUUGCGUCAACUGAAGAGUGAUGUUGUCAGUCGAUUGCAAGAGUUAGCGCUUUCUCUUUCACUUAAAUGUUUAUCGUUUGAUUUUGUUGGGACAUCAAUUGAUGAAAGUUCUGAAGAAUUUGGUACUGUUCAGAUUCCAUCUUCUUGGCGACCAGUUUUGGAGGACCCUGCAUCGUUGCAAAUAUUUUUUGACUACUAUGCUAUUACAAAGGCCCCUCUUUCUAAGGAGGCACUGGAGUGCUUGGUGCGACUAGCUUCUGUAAGACGUUCUUUGUUUACAAAUGAUGCUGCCCGUUCUAAGUUUUUGGCCCAUUUAAUGACAGGAACCAAAGAAAUCCUGCAAACAGGGCAAGGUCUUGCCGAUCAUGACAAUUACCAUGAGUAUUGUCGUCUUCUUGGACGUUUCAGAGUGAAUUAUCAGUUGUCAGAGCUCGUGACUGUGGAAGGCUAUAGUGAUUGGAUACGUCUUGUGGCUGAGUUUACUUUAAAGUCUUUGCAGUCUUGGCAGUGGGCCAGCAGCAGUGUAUACUACCUGUUAGGGCUAUGGUCCAGAUUGGUGACAUCUGUGCCCUAUUUGAAAGGUGAUGCACCAAGUUUGUUGGAUGAAUUUGUGCCCAAGAUUACUGAAGGUUUCAUCACAUCGAGGUUUAACUCUGUGCAGGCUGGAUUGGCAGAUGAUCUUUCUGAGAACCCGCUAGACAAUGUUGAACUUCUUCAGGAUCAACUAGAUUGCUUUCCUUACCUUUGCCGAUUCCAGUAUGAAAGCAGUAGUAUGUAUAUAAUAAACAUAAUGGAGCCUAUUCUGCAAGCGUACACGGAAAGAGCUCGUCUACAGACCACUGAUAACAGUGAUAUCUCCGUUAUUGAAGCCAAACUUGCUUGGAUUGUUCAUAUUAUAGCUGCUAUUCUUAAGAUAAAACAAUCUACUGGUUGUAGUGUGGAAUCACAAGAAGUGCUUGAUGCCGAACUUUCGGCUCGUGUUUUGCAACUGAUAAAUGUAACUGACAGUGGACUGCAUAGCCAGAGAUAUGGUGAACUAUGCAAGCAGAGACUUGAUCGAGCAAUUCUUACUUUCUUUCAGCAUUUCCGAAAGUCUUAUGUUGGUGAUCAGGCCAUGCAUUCCUCUAAGCAGUUAUAUGCCCGGUUAUCUGAGCUUCUUGGGCUCCAUGAUCAUCUGCUACUGUUGAAUGUAAUCGUUGGGAAGAUUGCUACAAACCUCAAGUGUUAUACAGAGAGUGAAGAGGUGAUUGAUCACACCUUAAACUUGUUCUUCGAGCUGGCAUCUGGGUACAUGAUUGGGAAGCUGCUUUUGAAGUUAGAUACUGUUAAAUUCAUAGUAGCAAAUCAUACUAGGGAGCACUUUCCAUUUUUGGAAGAAUAUAGAUGCUCUCGCAGCAGAACAACAUUCUAUUUCACCAUCGGUUGGUUAAUAUUCAUGGAGGACAGCCCUGUGAAAUUUAAGUCAUCAAUGGAUCCACUUUUGCAAGUUUUCAUCAGUUUAGAGUCGACUCCUGAUUCACUGUUUCGUACUGAUGUGGUAAAAUAUGCCUUAAUCGGCUUAAUGAGGGACCUCAGAGGAAUUGCAAUGGCCACAAAUAGUCGCAGAACUUAUGGCCUUCUGUUUGAUUGGCUAUAUCCUGCUCACAUGCCACUUCUUUUGAAAGGCAUCUCACACUGGACUGAUACACCUGAGGUUACCACACCAUUGUUGAAAUUCAUGGCUGAAUUUGUGUUAAACAAAGCCCAACGUUUGACUUUCGACUCUUCUUCUCCAAAUGGCAUACUUCUUUUCCGCGAAGUCAGUAAAUUGAUUGUUGCUUAUGGGUCAAGGAUUUUAUCUCUUCCCAAUGCUGCUGAUAUAUAUGCCUUUAAAUACAAGGGUAUUUGGAUUUCCUUAACCAUUCUUUCAAGAGCCCUAUCUGGAAACUAUGUCAACUUUGGUGUUUUUGAACUAUAUGGGGAUAGAGCACUCUCCGAUGCACUUGACAUUGCUCUUAAGAUGACACUAUUAAUUCCUUUGGCUGAUAUAUUGGCUUUCCGUAAGCUGACAAGGGCGUAUUUUGCCUUCUUGGAGGUUCUUUUCAACAGCCACAUUGUUUUCAUAUUGAACAUGGAUACAAACACUUUUAGGCAUAUAGUAGGAUCACUUGAAUCUGGUCUUAAAGGUUUGGAUACGAAUAUUUCUUCACAGUGUGCAUCUGCUGUUGAUAAUCUGGCUGCUUUCUAUUUCAACAACAUUGCUAUGGGGGAGGCACCUACUACACCUGCUGCAGUAAACCUUGCUCGUCACAUUGUAGAGUGCCCCAAUUUGUUUCCAGAAAUAUUGAAGACACUCUUUGAGAUUGUUUUGUUCGAGGAUUGUGGCAACCAAUGGAGCCUUAGCAGACCAAUGUUGAGCUUAAUACUCAUCAGUGAGCAGAUAUUCACUGAUUUGAAAGCUCAGAUUAUGUCUUCACAGCCCGCAGAUCAACAUCAACGCCUCUCCUUGUGUUUCGACAAAUUAAUGGUAGAUGUUACUCGAAGCUUGGAUUCAAAGAACAGGGAUAAAUUCACACAGAAUCUUACCACAUUCAGGCAUGAAUUUCGAGUCAAAUAGAUCCAACUUCUGUGAAGCAAAUACUUGCUUGGAAACUGAAAUUAUACGUGAAAGACGAUUCUUCAACGAAUCCACAACUCUACUCGAUCACGGAAUCUACUAUCAUUAGAGAAAAUGCUUUGCGUUUACAUCAGUUUCUCAAUCUUCUCUUAAAUGAAAGCGCAGCCGAUUUUUGAAGUUCAUGGGAUUGUGGAGUGGGAAAAGUUUGAUACGAAUCUUUGAUAGUGUUACUGUAUAGCUGUACUUGUCCUUGAAUAGUAGAGAUUGCUGUAGCAUUAAGGGGAUCUAAUGGUUGGUGGAUUACAUUUGUUUUGGAGUGGCUGAUGCUGGUUUUAGAAGAUCAAUUCUUUUUAGGACAAAAAAAAGGAUGUAAAUCAUUGAUCAGGUGUUUCUGUAAAUUAGUCUGUUGUAUUCUUUGUACUGUUGAUAAUAGAAGAAAAGAAAAAUCACGUUAUUGCUCUUACA